AUGUCAUGCUGGUGGCUCUAUGUGACAAUGGUCUUGCUAUUCUGGCAUCUCCCACCAGAGGUACAAGGUGACUGCUGGUUGAUUGAAGGUGACAAAGGCUAUGUAUGGUUGGCCAUCUGCAGCCAAAAUCAACCUCCUUAUGAGACCAUUCCUCAGCAUAUCAACAGCACAGUACACGAUCUCCGACUUAAUGAGAAUAAGUUAAAGGUAAUAGCGUAUUCAUCAUUGUCCCGCUUUGGAAAUCUGACAGAUCUUAACCUGACCAAGAAUGAGAUCUCUGUCAUCGAGGAAGGAGCAUUUCUUGGACAGUCUAACCUACAAAUUCUUCAACUGGGCUACAAUAAGUUGACUAAUCUGUCAGAAGGAAUGCUUAGGGGGAUGCCUAGGCUACAAUACCUCUUCAUCCAGCACAAUCUGAUAGCGGUAGUGACACCUAACGCCUUUUCUGACUGUCCAAGCCUAAUAAACAUUGAUCUAUCUUCCAACCGACUUACCAAGCUUGACAGUACUACCUUUAUUGGUCUCCAGGCCCUGGGCUCUUGUGAACUGGCUGGAAACCCUUUCCACUGUGGCUGUGAACUUCAUGGCUUCCUUGACUGGCUGGUCAUGUUCAACAAUGUAACUCGUAACUAUGACCGCCUUCAGUGUGAAAGUCCAGGUGAAUUUUAUGGAUACCCUUUGCUCAGUCCCAGGCCUCAUCAUAGCCGAAAUGCCAUAACAGUUCUUCAGGCUCAUUGCAGGAAUGGUGGAUACUUGUCCUUGCCACGAGAGAGACCAACUCCAUUCAAUAAAGAUCCGCAAGGCGAUCUGAGUGAGAACUCUGGCGUUAACCCUGAUGACUUCAUAUUUGAGUCCACUGCCACCUCCACUCCCGACCCUUCAGUUAGCCCCACCAUUGAUAUUCAUCAUAUGACAGGGAACUCUGCAACUUUGAUUGUCACUAUACCAUAUCCCUAUAAAAAGAUGUACGUUCUGGUUCAAUAUAAUAACAGUUUAGUAUCUGAUGUAACUACCUUGAAGCAUAAGAAAGAAUACAUUACUUUAGACAAGCUGAAAGCUCAUGUCAACUAUACCUUCUGUGUGACCUCAAUUCGCAAUUCAAAACACUACAAUCACACUUGUCUCUUUCUAGCCACUAGAUCAAGAGAUAAAGAGGACUUGGCUCCUAGCACUUCUACUACCACACACUAUAUCAUGACUAUACUGGGCUGCUUGUUUGGCAUGGUCAUUAUACUGGGUGUGGUCUAUUACUGUUUAAGGAAAAGGAGGAUGCAGGAGGAAAAAAAGAAAUCACUCAAUGUCAAAAAGACAAUUUUGGAGAUGAGGUAUGGCUCAGAUGUUGACCCAUGUCUUGGAUCACAUGCAUCACAGAAACUAACGGAGCAUCCUAUCCCAAUAUCUCGCAUAUCCUCUUUGCCAACUUCAGUUGCUGGGCUGGGAGGUGGAGGGGAGAAAGGGAUUUCUUCAAAAUCAAUGAAUUCUCAGUUGGGAACGCCAAAAGGUCCAAAAGGCACAAAUUACAUGGAGGUGCGAAGUGGAGAAGGGUUAGAUAGAAACCAGAGGAGUAUGUCGGGAGAAGAUGAUGAAGAGGACUUUCGGGAACUUGACAAUGGUGACGGAUCAGCAGCUGAGAUAUCUACUAUUGCCAAGGAAGUGGACAAGGUGAACCAGAUUAUAAAUAAUUGUAUUGAUGCCCUAAAGUUGGACACGGCUUCUUUUUUAGGAGGGGGGGACCCGGAACUGGGCUACGACUGCCAGUCGAUUCCAGCCAGUUCGUCGGGUCAUUUGGAAAGGUUGAGCUUCCUCUCUCCUUCUUACAAGGAGGGUGUACAUCCCCUUCAACGUCAACUGAGUGCAGACGCAGCUACAGUCACCAAAAAACGAUGCAGCAUUUCGUCUAGUGGUUCCAUCAAAAGUGCCAGAGUUUUCAGCCUUGAUGUCCCUGAUCAAUCUCUUAAAUGUGACUCCAAGUACAUUGAGAAGAACAGCCCAUUAAAUAGUCCCCUGGACCGCCUUCCUCUAGUGUCCUCUGCAGGUGUCCAUCACUUGGAUGUCAAGCCUUCCUACCACUGCAGUGAACAUCGCCACUCCUUCCCAGCCCUCUAUUAUGAGGAAAGUGCUGAUACCCUAAGCCAGAGGGUCAGCUUUCUGAAGCCCCUUUCUCGUUCCAAGAGAGACUCAAGUUACUCGCAACUCUCUCCCAGACAACAUUUUUCCGGAUACUCUUCCAGCCCUGAAUACUCCACUGAAAAUACCCACAAGAUCUGGGAGCGCUUCCGUCCAUAUAAAAAACACACCCGGGAGGAGGUCUAUAUUGCAGCGGGCCAUGCUUUACGCAAAAAGGUCCAGUUUGCCAAGGGAGAGGACUUACAUGAUAUUUUGGAUUACUGGAAAGGUGUAUCUGCUCAACAAAAACUGUGA